UAAUUGUAUUUUAUGUUUAUAUUUUGAGAUUUGCAUUAAAAGCCAAAAACAAUUAAAAAAUUGAAUUAAUUGAUGAAAGUGUGAAAAGAGUGGACACUUGAAAACAAUGAUGUCUUGUCUGCACAGGUUAAAAUUAUUGGCCGAAUUACUACCGAAAAAUCAUCAUUUAAUUGACCACCAAAUGUCUACGCCGUCGGUCACAAGUGUCCGACAUUUUAAUGCUAAUCGCGCGGCAAUCUGUAGGAUAUCGCGAACCAAAUAUUGUCGUCUCUAUCCGGCAUUACUGGUAUAUCCCGACGGAUCGACGGUCACUGUAAGACACGCCGAACCGCAGCAUAUCAUACAAAUACCGAAACUUCUUGAGGACUGUAAGACUGAUGUCGAGCGAAGACAAUGGCUGUCCCGACGCAAGAAAGUGGAGACAAUUAAAACUGAAAAUGAAUUUGAUUUGAAGUUUAAUCAAAAACAAUAUUUACAUCAUUUUAAAAGUAAAUCCAGAGCUCAAUAAUUAAUCACUUAUUUUAGUCUUCAGUAAUGUUUAGAUUGCUUUUAUAAUUACCGGUACUUUAAAAUUAUGGAUUUCAUUGAUUUAUAUUUCAAUAG